CUCAUUUUCAAGAAACACACAUCCGGGGAUUCUGGUGACGUCACGCAGGCAGGAAAGUACACAGUCCUCUCAGAGCUGCUGCAACGACCACAAAAACAACCGAAAACACCCGAAAACACCAGAAUACGGCUCAUGACACCCUCAUAGAAACACCAACUUUGUGUGACAACAUGGAGAAACCUCCCUUCAGACAGAACCAGAGCUGUGGAGACUGGGAGCUGAGAGAGAGGCUGGGGAUGGGCGGGUUUGCUCAUGUUUACCUGUACCAGCAUCAUGAUACAAAUGAAAAACUAGCUGUGAAAAUGUGCCGUCUGGAGCUCACACCAAGGAAUAAGGACAGAUGGAGCAGAGAAAUCCAAAUCAUGAAAAAGUUGAAUCACAUCAACGUCGUGACAGCCCGAGAGGUCCCGCAGGAAAUGUCGCACAUAGCCUUAAAUGAUCUUCCACUGUUGGCCAUGGAGUACUGCUCCAGGGGAGACCUGAGGAAGAUGCUGAGCAAACCUGAAAACUGCUGCGGAUUGAAAGAGAGUGAAGUGCUUUCAUUACUCAAUGAUGUUGGAUCUGGUAUCCAGUAUCUGCACGAAAACAAGAUCAUACACAGAGACCUUAAACCUGAAAACAUAGUGCUGCAAGAAAUCAACGGAAAGCUGGUUCACAAAAUCAUUGACUUGGGCUAUGCUAAGGACCUGGACCAGGGCAGUCUGUGUACCUCCUUCGUUGGCACGCUUCAGUACCUGGCUCCUGAACUGUUUGAGAAUAAGCCAUACACUGUUACUGUGGACUACUGGAGCUUUGGCACCAUGGUGUUUGAAUGCAGUUGUGGUUUCCGUCCGUUCCUGCACAACCUUCAACCUGUGCAGUGGGCCAGCAAAGUGAGAAAUAAAGGUCCAAAAGACAUAAUGGCUGUCGAGGAACUGAACGGAGAAGUCAGAUUCUCCACACACCUCCCUUACCCCAACAAUCUCAGCAGGACGCUGUCGGAGCCACUGGAAGGUCUGCUGCAGCUUAUGUUAAAGUGGGAGCCCAAUUAUAGAGGAGGCAAAGUCAGCUCCGACACCAAGAGACCCAUGUGCUUUGACGCGCUGGAGCAGAUACUGAGCAUGAAGGUCGUCCACAUCCUGAAUAUGACCACAGCUCAGGUCCACUCGUUCGAGCUGACUGUGGAGGAAAGUCUCCACAGUCUGCAGAAGCGCAUCGAGGCCGAGACCAAGAUCGAAGUGGUGAACCAGGAGCUGCUGCAGGAGACGGGAGUGUCACUGGAUCCCAGGAAGCCCGCUGCGCAGUGUGUCCUCGAUGGAGUGAGAGGGUGGGAUAGCUACAUCGUCUACUUGUUUGACAAGAGCAUCACCAAGUACUCUGGUCCCCUCAGUGCCAGACAACUGCCCGAUAAAGUCAACACUAUAGUGCAAGAAGCCAAGACGCAGCUGCCCCUGGUGGUGUUGAAGAAGGUUUGGGGUGAAGCAGUGAGCUACAUCUGUGGGCUGAAGGAUGACUACAGCAGGCUUUUCCAAGGACAGAGGGCUGCUAUGUUGAGCCUCCUGCGCUAUAACACCAACCUGACCAGGUGUAAGAACAGCAUGUUUGGCUUCUCUCAGCAGCUGAAGGCCAAGCUGGACUUCUUCAAAAGCAGCAUCCAGUACGACCUGGAAAAAUACAGCGAUCAGAUGCACUAUGGCAUAUCCUCUGAAAAGAUGCUGAAAGCCUGGCAGGAGAACGAGGAGCGAGCUGCUGCUUUUGCUCAGGUGGCAGAGGUGAGCCACCUGGAUGACGAGAUCAUGGCGCUGCACUCGGAGAUAGUGGAGCUUCAGAGGAGCCCGUACGCCCGACGCCAAGGAGACAAGAUGGAGCAGCUAGAAGAAAAGGCGAUUGAGCUCUACAAGCAACUGAAGAUGAAAUGCAAAAUACCUGAGCCAGAUGUGAGCAGUGACAGCUCUGAGAUGGUGAAGGCCAUCAUUCAGACCGUCCAGAACCAAGACAAGGUCCUCAAAGACCUGUACACCCACCUCAGUAAGAUCCUGAUCAGCAAACAGAAGAUCAUUGACUUGUUUCCACGAAUUGAGAAAACCCUGGAGAGCAUCAAGGAUGCCGACAACACAGUGAUGCAGAUGCAGAUCAAGAGGCAAAGAGAGUUCUGGCAUUUACUGAAGAUCGCCUGUGCUCAAAACUCAACACGAAACUCGAUAGCAGCCAGUCCCGAGUCGUCCAACCUGCUGCAGGUUUCUCAGUGGUCACAGUCGGCACAACCUGUCAGCUCCCCGCAUCCCCUGACCUCCCUACCUGGGCCAAAUGACAGUGAUGCUGCACCUCGUCUGCUGCAGGAGAACCAGAAGUACCUCAGUCAGCUGACCAGCCUGAUGCAGGAGGCCGCUGAUGAGCAGGCCAAAAGCAUAGUGGACCAAGACUGGAGCUGGACGAAAUACGAGACUUUAACAACCAAAUUAAAAAAGAGAAAUGCGUAAUGCGUUUUGUGUUGCGUCCUUCCAUCCAUCCCUGCCUGUGCUCCGAGUAACACUAAAGACUGUGAGCUGCUAACACACAAGCAGAGUGGCGUCAGAAAAACACACACUGUACAGUUGGACUCGGGAUAUCCUCUUAUAAAUGUCUCCAGACGGAGCUCACACCGUCGGCUCAGUGGCGUCUGUCCGAUCCCGUCGUCUCACAUGGUGGACCGUUGUUGUUUUUAUACGAGAAAAAAAACACAAAGCUGUGUCACUCUACUUUGUUUUCCUUUUGCUGCACAAUAUUCAUCACAAUUCAUAACAUAUAAUGAUAAACAUUUUAACUGUUAUUGCAAAAAUUGAGCAAACUGUAGCACCAGAUUUGAGGGUUUGAGGUGGAUUGAUCACACGAGAGAGAGAGAGAGUGUCGGACAGAAACAUGGGAACCAGUUCAAGCUUGUGACGGACAAGGAAAACACAGGAAGUGGUCGGGGGUGAGGUGGGGGGGGGCGAGGAGGAAGUUACAAUCAAGCAAACAGCACUUUGAUACUCCCAUGUAUCCUCUCUGCAAAGAGAUGUGAGACGUUUCCAGGCUGCCAAAACUGUCGCAGGAUUAACAGAUUUAACAGUCACUCAUAAUCAGUUUGAUAUAUUUUACUAUACUCAGUCUGGGGGUUUAGAUUCUAUGUAAAUGUUGUUGUUUUUUUUUAAUAAAAGUGUUACGUAUCAUA